CUCCAGAAGAUUAUCUCAUGGCUGGAACACCAUUGGGACGAUCCGGCAGACGAUGAGGACUUCGAGGACGAGAAGGAGCGCCGCGAAGAAGAGUUGUCUCAUUGGGACAAAGAGUUCAUCGAUAUAUCGGAUCAGUCGCUCCUCUUCGACGUGAUCGCCGCCGCAGACUUCAUGCACAUCACUGGUCUCGUAGAGGUCGGCGCCAAACAUAUCUGCAGUACAAUCAAAGGCAAGUCGUGUCAAGAGGUCCGUCAGAUCCUUAAGAUCACGAAUGACUUGACUCCUGAGGAAGAAGAGACCAUUCAGAAGGAAAACGAGUGGAUUGACGCCAAGGAUUAA